ACUUUUGAUCAUUACACCAUCUACCUUGACAACGACCUUCUUUCGACAGCCAUGUCAAGUUGGCCGCACAUCCGCCUUUUGAAAUUAUCGAGUGACCCACGUCUUCCUCCAUCUACUGUAACAUUCCGCGGAUUAUUCGCAGCGCUCCGUCUACGUCCCCAGUUGGAAGACCUGCAAAUAUCGAUUGACACCGUGAAUAUUGAUAUUGAUCCUGAAGCCGAGUCAUUUCAACACACCUCCCUGAAAAUUUUGCAUUUUAGUUUCUCUUUCCUCGAGGAAGCGAAUGCUGAGGUUAUCGCUCGCAUCAUCUUCUCCAUGCUCCCUUGCGUCGACGAAGUUGAUGCCUGGGAGAGCGAGGACUGGCGCGAGGUCAACAGCUACCCCAAUCUCUUAAAUCUUCUGUGGUUCUCAACCGCCGUAUCACAGGAGCAGCUCCAGAUACCUGAGGUUGGGAUCUACUCGUGUUUGGAAAUUGUCCAAUAAAGAAGUCUCCGUCCUAUAUGGUUUUCCGAGAGGACACUGGAGUUGGUACUAUCCCGUGAUGUUCGUUGAUUUUUUUUUGUGUCCUAUGAAUGUGC